CCCCAGGGCCUAGUGUGGCUGGAAGCAUGAAGAAUGCAAAUAUUUUGGAGAAAGUAGAACCUUCAUAACUGCCUGGUAGCCUUUGAGUGUAAGUUCAGUUGUAUUCAGGACCCAGCUAAUUCACAUUAUUACAAUAGGAGAGGUUAUGUUACUGUAGUCACAAUAGCAGUUGUGACUGCAUACCAUGAAUUUAUUAUGGUUGAUAUAGGAACCAGUGGCCAUGUGUCUGAUGGUAGAGUACUCUUCUGAACCAUUUUCUGGAGGACGUUUCAGCGGUAGUUGUUGAAUGUCCCAACACCACAUAAUACCAAUGAAAAGUAUCUAUGUGUUAUUUUUGCAGGUGAUCAUGCGUUUGUCAUUGACAUCAAUUUUAUGAAGCCAUACAUUCCACAGGAUUUGAAUGACAGUCACAUUAUCUACUGCGGCGUUGAGGUGUGCCCUGAUAGUGGUCUGCCUGUUCGCCGUAGUGGCGCUUUCGGGACCUCAGGACGAACGAAGACCCAAAAUCUCUGACGAGGCCCUAGAGAGGGCCCUGAACGAUAAGCGAUAUCUUCAACGGCAACUAAAAUGUGCUCUGGGGGAGGCGUCGUGUGACCCUGUAGGCCGAAGGCUUAAAACUCUCGCUCCACUCGUCUUGAGAGGGUCUUGCCCUCAGUGCACACCUGAUGAGAUGCGUCAGAUCCAGAGGACCCUAUCGCACAUCCAGCGGAACUACCCUAAGGAGUGGAACAAGAUUGUCAAACAAUAUGCUGGCGUCUAGAAAGAGAAAUUGAAUGAAUGUUAAGAAGGGGAUUGUGAAAAAUGGUGAACUCCUUUUCCUGAUGGUUGGUGUAAAUCUAAAGAAAUGGCCAAUGAGAAACUUUUUGAGAAGCUUGGUUUCCCAAGUUCUAGUUCAUUUCUAUUCUUGCUGAAAUUAUCAACAUGAUAGAAUUAAUUGUAAUUAAAAUAAAAUAUGAAAAUUCUAAGCUGUUGCAGUUCAUAUGGCCAUCAUUCAUUGUGGAUUUGAAAUGUUCAGAACAUUUAACUUUAUUUCAUAUCUAACAAAUCGUUGGUUAGAAUUUUUAAACUUUCUUUGUAUGAAUUGAAAGAAUACAUGGAUCGUUAAUA